AUGGAGAGCACAUGGAAUUUGUCUACCCCAAUCGAUUCGGUUCUCUUUAGCAACCACAUGCUGAUUCCUAUGGGACCAAUCAGAGAUAGUCCAAUUGAGGUUGCGGACACCAAGACACAACCAUCAUGCGAUGAGACUCCUCUUCCAGAGAGCUUAGCCAAAUCAACACUCCCUCAACGCCAAGUCCCAUCGAGCCAUGAACUCGAGACUUCCGAAAACUUGGAAGUUGACGAGAUGCAAAACGAGGCACCAGACAGGUUGCAAAACGAACCUCGAAACAAAUUGCGAGAGGAUCCGCAAGACGAGCCACAAACCGACGCUUCUAAGAACAACCAAGGUCUUCGAACCGCUGCUGGAGAACUCCCUCUCAAGUCAGUCGCCGAGAUCAUUGCCAAGAUCAGAACCCCAAUAGGAAGUAACACCUUCCAAGGUAGGCUGAGGAACCAGUUCGGACCCAACCUCCACAGCAUUAUCUACGCCCUGCGCUCGGCUCUCUUCCUAGUGCGAUCCUCGCUCGAGAUCAUCAAGCAUGGCCUCAACAAGGACCACCUAUUGACAGCUACGAUCCUUACUCGUGAGGGCGACACGAUGACCGACAAUCAACACAUCGCACUAGACUGCGUUGUUCGGCGUAUGACCUCGCUGUCUGAGAUUGGGCGAGAUGUCCUUGGCAAGAGCAUAUGGGCCCACCUACUGGAUGUUACCCAUUACGCAGUACUUGGCUGGGGACAAGCAUCCGGCGGACUUCAUCAGAAGCUAUGGGGCCGUCUCGAUAACUACCCGUUGUUGGAGGCUGAGCUAGAGAACGCCGUCGAGGUACUGGAAGACUUUAUUCCGGAUCUUCAGGCCCUGUGGGAGGCAGAUGGUUGGCUACUCGGUGAAGCGGGCAACCGGUCGUUCUUCAUAAAGCCUCCAGAGCCCACGCCCCCAACACCGCCUGAAUCGGAUUAUGAUUGGGAGGUAGUGGUUCCGCGGGAGCCUGCUGCGGCGUCUGAGCAUGAUUCCAUGGAGCAAGAUUCUGUGGAGCACGAUGCUCCGGAGCUGAUUCCAUACCCUCCACCCAGCUGGCGACGGCGCGUGUUCGACUUCGUGAUGAGGAGCGGGUGGAUCCGUCGGAGGGUCGAAAAGCUCAUGUGGUUUCUCUAUGAGUGGAUCUAUGAGAAUGGUGAGCUAGAUCAGGUUUAG